AGUAUAACAUCUAAAAAUUAUACGUUAUAAAUGUAUUAUGUAAAGCUUGAUAUUCAUUUUAAAUUUGCAUUUUAUAAGAUACUUGGAUAUUAAGUUUGUUAUAUAUUUUUUCCUUCCCCUAUCCUCCCCUAAACAUAGUUGCCAUUAGACACAAAUAUAUAUAUUUUUUGUGUUUUUUAUUUUAAGAUCAAGCUAAUUAUUAGCAAAAUAAUAUUCCAUCAUAAUCAUAUACCACCAACAAUGAAUUAGUGUUCCAGUUUUUUCAUAUCCCUUCCAAUAUCAGUCACUCUCCUUCAGUUAGGCAAUCUGAUAGGUAUAAACUGAUAUCUCACUUGGAAUGUUUCAAUUGGAAAAUACAGAACUUGAUAAGAAAAUUAUCAGGGUCAAUUUUUUUUAUUCAAAUUUUGUUUUCACAAAAAUACUGUUAAUAAACAAACCUCUAAUAACAGAAAUAAAAUAAUUCUGAGGUUUUACUUUUACACUCAGUCAACUGGAACCUGGAAAUAGUCAAUGUUGAAGGGAUUUGGGCACAGUUGGAAAUAUUAACUGAAACAACUAUUCUGGAAAGCAAUUUGGAAACUGGCUUAAAAACAUUCCACUGCUAGACAUAUACCUCAAGGAGGUUCUGAAUAAAGUGCUUCAUGCUAUAGAAAUAUCAGCAAUUUGUCAAUCUGAAGCUAAAAAUAAUUGCAAGAAACUACAAUAGGAUAAAAAUUAUUGGAUGAUAAACUGCAUAUGAGGAGGGACUCUUACAUAAAUGGUAUAUCUUUUUCUAAAAUAUUAAAUACUAGAAAUAUGUUGAAUAGAAUGAAAAGAUCAGUUGUGGUUGGGAAAGGGAGUCCAGGUUCAAUGAGUCAGGAAAUAUUUAUCAAGUGUCUACUAUAAUAAGUCAGGCAUUGAGUUCAGUGUUGGGGAUACAAAGAGGCAAAACAAAGUUCCUGCCCUCAUGCAGAAAUGGAGAAAAUGAGCAAAGAAAUAUUUACAAAAAAGCACUAUAGAGGAGUAAGGAAUUGGAAAAGGCUUCCCAUAGGUUGAAUUUUUUGGAUGUAUUCUAAGCAGUCACAGGAAUUUGUUUAAUCCAAGGGACAUCAAUAAAGAUGGAAAAUGCUAAACACUAAAGUAAAUUUUGAAAUCUAUUUUUCUUCUUGUUUUAAUCAUUUGUUAGUUGCCCUUACAUGAUGGAUUUCAAUUUCAAGUGUGUGAAAAUAUCAAGAAAUGCUAAUAAGAAUAAAUAUACUCCAUUAUCCCUUUAGCUUUUUGUCACUGUAACUAACCUAGGGCAAUCCUAAUUUUUUUAAACCAGGUCUAGUUCCAGAAAGGUAAAGCCAAGUAUUAAGUAGGUGAGGUAGAUGACAAAGUAGGUAACACUACCCAGUUUUGAGUCAGGAAGGGCUGAGUUCAAAUUCAGCCUCAGAUACUUCCUGGUUGUAUGAUCCUAGGAAAGUCACGUAACCCCUAUUUGCCGCAUCUGAAAAAUAAUCUGGAAAAGGAAAUAGCAAACUGCUGUAUCUUUGCCAAGAAAACCCCUAAUAGGAUCAUGAAAAACAAACUAUGUAAAAGAUAUUUGGAAAAAAAUGGUUUGAGAUUAAUGCGAUCUUUAAAGGAGGGAAAAAUCACAACUAACAAAACUCGAGAUUAGCAGAGUAAGGGAUGUGGGGAGCAGGGUAGAUAAGGAAAAGGAAAUCCACAUUUAUAUAACAUAUCAAACCCUAUUUUCCUUAUACCAACCCUAGCAAAGCCAAUAUUAUCAUCUUAUAUCAAACUUGGAAUUGAUGACUUGUGCAUGUCUUGAAAUCUAGGCUCCUACCCGAUUUUCUGACUCUUAACUAAGCCAAGUAUUCUAUUACAUAAGUAGAGCCCCUCCAUUGAUCAGCUGGACAGAAAGAGUAAAUGGAGUUUAUGAAACAGAUUGUGAAGGUACCCCCAAAAUUAACAUUUCUAUUUUCCACAGUCUUGCUGUGUCCGGUCCAUCUGCCUGGUAAAGUAACUCAUGGAAAAUGGAAAUGAUAAUCUCGAGGAUACUUCAUGCCUCAUACAAGACAUAGUAGUGAUGGGGUCAUUGAAAAUUAUUCAAAUAUCUGCUAGAUUUCUUUCUUUCUCUACCCUCCCUCCUCCUCCUCUAUCCAGGAGAUGUGAUGUAGAAUUUUUAAAAAGAACAAAAUCCCACCCGUUAGGGACUGCCUUAUGACCUUGGUAAAAUCUCUUAAGGGACCCCCAGGAUUCUUUCCAGAAAUGAAUUUAUUAAUCCCAGUACUUUUUCUACAGCACGAAAAGAGAAAGGGCAAGGGCAAGACUGACAGCGCUAGCUAGGUAAGAGGGCAAGAACAGCAAGUGGUGCUCUGGGAACGCGGAGCCUUGAACUUUGGCCCAAGGUCCGCCCCUAGGCGGCCAGCCCCGCCUCUGUCUCCGCCUCCUGCAACACGUGACCUUACAAGUUCCAAACGCAGCGGAACGCGGGAAUCUUGGGUGUUUUCUUCACCGCCUAAGUCCCGGUCCGGGCAUGGAAGUGCGGGGCGCCAGGACCCGGCAGAGCACGCGCCGCUCCCACCAGGCUGCAGACGCUGAAGAGAGUGAGGAAAAAGAAGGGGUGCUGGGCGCCCAGCCCCAAUUUACCAGUAGCAGCACCCGCCGGAAUGCUCCGGAGGAAGAGAAGGAGGUUCCAAGAGCCACGCCUCGCUUCGGCCCCAGGCCCAGGCGGUCUUUGCGCAGCAGGGGUGUGAACGUUCGGGAGGAGGUGGGGGAGGAGAAAAAGGUGGAAGAAGUGGAAGAGAAGCAGCUAGCCGUUCAAAGCGCCACGCCCAGCUCCAGCCUUUACUCUCCCAGGGAGGAGGAAGCACGGAGCGGCCGAUCGCUGCGUGCUCUGCGCCGUUCUAGAACACAUACCCUGAAGGAGGACGAGGGAGCGCUGACCUCCGAGUCCCGGCGAGUCAAGCGCAGUGGCCCCAGGAGCUCUCGAGGAAAAGAGGAGGAAGUGCGAGGUCGCAGCACCGGCAAGAAUGCGCAGCAGGACCAGGAGGAGGUCCGGCCGGAUCGCAGCACCGGCACGAAUGCGCAGCAGGACCAGGAGGAGGUCCGGCCGGAUCGCAGCACCCUCGGCCCCAACUCCCCGGAGGAGGGCGAAGUGGAGGUCCAGGGGACCCGUGCCCCAGGCGCCAAACAUAAUUUAAACCAGUGUCCCCGGAAGGAGGAGGAAAAGGAAGGAGGGAACAACAGGUCCUUGCGCUCCAAGAGCAGGAUCAGUCGGGACUUGAUUAUGCGAGAGGAAGAAGAGGAAGUCCGGAUUCCCAGGCCCCUGCGCCCCAAAAGCGGUACUAGCGGGAACGCUAAAGUUCAGAGUGCUACACCUGUGAACGCCAAAAGUACUACGGGCGGGAACUCGCUGGGGGAAAGGGAGGCAGGGCCGGAGCCGGGCACCACGCCCCGGCCUGGCAGGAGCAGCACCAGCGGAGAUGGUAGAGGGCGGGAGGAAGAGAAGCACAUACAAGGGACCGGGUUCGGUAGGCCGGUGGCGGCUGCCCCGGCCCUGUCCGCGGCUGGAGGAGAGGACGAGGAAACGCCGCGCAUUACAGAGGCUACGCACCGGACGGGAGCUGGGGAUAAAGUGCCGGCUGUCGCGUCCGGCCACUUAGGCAAGGAGGUAUGGGGAGAGGAGAAGCUGGUGCGGAGAUCCCAGCGCCUAACGCCCAUCCCUUGCCCGGACGUUGCAGACUCUGCGCCGGACUCCGACGCCCAGCAGACCUUGCCCCCUAACCGGAGCAGACCUGAGUCCCCUCCAGCCGCGUCCUACACCAAAGAGGCUGGAGAAAAAGAAAAGGAGGAGGAUGAGGAGUGGAAUAUGGUUCGGCAGCUGCUCAGACUAAAGAAUCAAAUUAAACAACAACUAUUGGAAUAUAAGGCAGAGGUUGAAGCAAGUAAAAUGAGUCCUACAGAAGAAUGUACAGAAGAUAACUUAAUUCAAAAGAUUGAAGAUCUAGAAAGGAAAAUGGAAGAAAUGAAGAUUGAGUUAGAAGCAAAAACUCUAGCUUUAAAAAGGAUCCAGGUUGCACACGCCCUUGAGAAAAAACUGGAAAAAAAGGAUGGUGAUUUUGAACCAAUCUUGGCAAUUAUGAAAAGCAUUUUAACUGUUAAUGGUUCAAUCCUGAAAGCACAGCAGCUAACUCGGGACCUGGAGGAGAAAAUGCUGGAAGUUAAGAAGAAGAGAUUAAUGUUUAAAAAAGCUGGAGAAGAAAAAGUACUAGAAAUAAAGGCUGAGAAUAAAAGGAAAAAAGAUGAAUCAAGCCUCCUGAACAAUAGUCCUUUGAUAAUUAAAAUGAAGAAAAGCCUACAAAAGGAGAUAGACACAACUGUCAUUAUUCAAAAUGUUUUUCAGCACAUCGUUAUGGCAGCAAAGAUCGACUGGGCAGCAGAUCCAACCUUGAAGGCUCUUAUUUUACAGUUUGAAAAAAAUUUAAAUUUUAUUUGAACAAUUCUGCUUAUUUACAUGCAAUUAAAUAGCAAUUUUAAGGAGAAACUAUAUAUAUUUUUGGCUCUGUUCAACUAUUUCAGACUGUUUAAAACUUUUAUUUCAGUAACACUAACUUUUAGAGUCAUUCUUUAUCAAUUAUUAAAAAUUACAUGGUAUCACGGAAUUCAGAAUCUUUGAGUUAGAAGCAUCCCUAAAGGUCAAGUCCAACUUCUCAUCUAACCUGGGAAUCUUCUCUAUGAUAUCUGCAACAGAUAGUUAUUUAGUCAUUGUUUGAACCUUUCCAAUGACUAAACACUCACUACCUCAUUAGACAAACUACUCUAUAUCUAAAUAAUCCUGAUGGUUAUUCCUUUAUCAAUUGUUUAUUGAUUAGUAAUUUAGGAAAUAGUGGUUAUAUUCCAUUUUAAAAGAUGGAUUUUUUAUGAUAUUUAAAACUUUAAUAAAGUUACAGAUUAAAUUAUAAUAGUUUGAAUUAUUAAUUGCAUUAAUAUUUUAAAAAUCAAUUUUCAAAACGUGCAUCUUAUAAAUUAGUUAAUGAGUUAUAAAUUUAGUUCAGCUCCCUUUUAGAUAAAGGGUUUUAAUUUUUUAAUUUCACUUUUUUUCCCUUUAAAAUUUUUUUAAUUAGAUUUCAAUUAAUGAAAAUGUUUUCUCCUCUCUCCCUGUUAAACCAAACAAAAAAUCCCUGUAAUAAAUGUGCUUGAUCAAAAAAAAUCCCCACAUUGGCCAUAUCCAAAAAUGUCUCCUUUUGCAUCUUAAGUCUAUUCCUCUGUCAGGACAGUAAUAAUAAUAUUAAUAGCUAAUAUUUUUGUAGUGUUUACUAUUUGCCAGAUACUAUGGACAAAUAUCUUAUUUGGUCCUUACAACAAGCCUGGGAGAUGAAUCCUUUUAUCUCAGUUUUACAAGUAAGAAAGCUGAAGCUGAUCCAGAAGUAACUUGCCUCAGGUUUAUAUAGCUAACAGAACCCAAAUGGGAUGAAACAAUUUUUCAGGACAAGACAACUUGGAAGGUUGGCAGGAAAGGUCUAUUGCAUCAAGGAUCAGAAGAGACCCAGCGCAGGCAAGGUCACACAAUUGGUCAGUAGGAGAUUACAGGGAACCCUGUACUGGCCUUGAGCAUGGGAUUCUGUUGUAUUGCCUUUACUUAGCUCCAGGUGGCAGCCAAGAUAAGGAGGAUCAUUAGCUCACCAGAGCAUGUGAUCACACGAAAAUAGGGACUCUGGUCACAGUUCCAGGACAGAAAAGGGUGCCUGUGAUUGCUCACUGACCAGAGUACAGGACAGAAAAGUAGUCAGCACAUAUCUCCUUAGAUCAAACCACGUAAGAACUAAAAAUUGAUAGAUUUCCAGAAUUAGCCUACAUGACAGGGACCCUCGUAGAUACUGUUCUUCCAUACCUCAUUUUUUGGUGGCAUCGUUCUAAAUAACUUUAAGACUAUCACUGAGAAGUGAGUAGAACCAAUAGAAUAUCAUACACAGUAAUAAGAUAAUAUGAUGAUCAACUGUGAUGGACUUGGCUCUUUUCAAAAAUGAGGCGAUUCCUGGCAAUUUUAAUAGACUUGUGAUGGAAAGUGCUAUCCGUAUCCAGAACUAUGGAGAAUGUGGAUUACAGCAUAGUAUCGUGACCUUUUGUUGUUGUCGUCGUUUGUUCAUUUUUUCUCUUGUUUUUUUCCCUUUUGAUUUGAUUUUUCUUGUGUAGCAUGAUGAAUAUAGAAAUAUGUUAAGAAGAAUUGUACAAAUUCUAUAUAUUUUAUAUUCUGUAAUGAAUUACUUGCUGCCUAGAGGAGGGAGGGUGGAAAGGGAGGAAGAAAAUUUUGGAACUAUAUUUAUUUGAAAAAUAAAAAGUUAUUAUUUUUUAAAAAGA